AUGGCGCCAAAUCAUAGACGUUCUCCGGCGGUGGCGAUGCCAGUACCAUUCCCCACUUCAAGCAGAGGUCAAAACCCAGAUGAUCGAUGGUCCGGUGAAAGUCUCGCUCCAUCCGAUGGCUAUUCUGGUUUGUUUACAUCCGGCAUGAUAAGACAAUCCCUUUCACCUAGUAAACAAUCACGUCUUACAACACCCACACGUCAACGACGUCGAGUUUCCAUCACCCCUUCCAACACUUCACCCUACAAAGCCUACACUCAAGAGACUUCCGCCGAGCGGGCUCUCACAGACGUUAUGAGGGCUCUCAAACUGGCCAUGUCUCCUCGUACUCCACAUACCAACCCGAGAAGGAUCAUGGAAGAAUCUCGAUGGUCUUCCUCAUCCGGUAGUCCAGAUUCCCACACUUCAACAGCGGAGAGUUUUUGGCGUUCUCGAAAAUCUGGAGAGUCGGUAAGACCGAGGAAGAGCGCAGAGUCCAGUCGACCCAAGAAAAGUUUAGAUAGUAUCAGACCGAGAAAAAGCUUUGAGAGUGCCAGGAGCACCAAGAGUAAGAAGAAAACAAGGAAAAGUGGUGAGACUGAUAGAAUGGAUUUGGAUAUUCCAGAAGUACCACCUGUACCUGUCCCGAUCACUCCCAGAAGAAGUAUGGUUGGUGAUUUGGCCCGGCGUUUGGGAUUGACACCCAAAAAGAGGCAGGUUCCUCCACCUGUCCCCAGUCAUCCUCUCAACCUACCUCUUCCUCCACCCCGGACAGUCCAAGAUCCAAAUUUACCAAUUCCUCGGAAAUCGUCACUCAUUACCUUGCGCUCGUUAGCGAAAAAAGGUUCGACAACGACCCUUCGUUCCAUUCGUACUGUCGCUCCUCCUUUACCUUCUACUCAUCCCUUCGCUCUUCCAACAACACCGGCUAGAACUCAUCAACCAGUUCGUCCAGCCAAAUCAUCCAUCGGACCUCCGAAAGCCGUCCCUUCCGUUAGUCCUAGUAAAUUCUUAGAUUAUCUUCCACGUCCCGCCCCGAUCACUCCAAAGCGAUACGGCAUGUCUUCCGUUCAACAGCCUACAGGGAUGUCGCAAUCAUCUGAAGCACCUUCCAUGCCCACUCCUAAAGAGAUGACCACCCCGGAUCUGUCCAUGACUACCGACGCGGAUUUAUCGGUCGCUUCAAGUUACGUCGUCACUCCUGCUUUCUUACCUGCUCCUACUCUUCCCACUCCUCGGUCUAUGUCCCCAGCUUUGGCCAAGACGAGAAGAAUGAUCGGACUCCUUCCACGUCGACCUAACUUAAGUAAUCUACCCAGCAGGACUGGUACUCCAUCCAUAGUAUCGAAGAAAUCGGACGGUCCCUUGUCUUACAACACUUCUUUCGAUAGUCCUAUGGCACAACCGAUUCCUCCUUCUCUUCUAGAGCGGCCUCGUCUGUCUUCUCUGAAUCUUCGCGGUCUGCCGAGGUACGAAUAUAAAGGGGAUCAAGAAAUGCCAUAUAGGUCGGGAAAGAUAGAUGGAUGGAACACACCUCACCCCUUAAACACACAGGACGAGUUCUUCGCAAACUUCGUCCCAGAAUCAUAUAGUACCCCACCUCUCUCUAUCAAAGUAAGACAGAAGGACAAUAUCGACUUUACCGCUUCUCCCUCUCCUGGACUAUACUCUCCCGUCACACCUGGUUUACCUCCAUCGGCGAGAACAAGGACGUCGAAGGUGCCCGGUCUGCUCGGGGUCGAUGUCAAAAGACACGAGAGGCCCACUAGUGCUCAGAGCAAUAAGAGUAAUCAGAGCGCCAAGAGCAAAGGGUCAGCAGCUACGGCGGAAACGGAGGAAAAGUGGGAGUUGGAAAAGUAUCUGGAAAGUGAAGUAGGACAUGAUAGUCAAGAUGAGGCUAUGGCUCAAUGA